AUGAGGAUGCCCACCUUAUCAAGUGCCAACUUGAGCUUCUCUACAUUCCUGCUGACAGGCUUCCCAGGUCUGGAAUGGGCUCACCGUUGGAUCUCACUGCCCAUUUUUAUAGGAUACCUUGUGGCCAUCCUGGGUAAUACCACCAUCUUGCAUCUGGUACGAACUGACCCUUCUUUCCACCAGCCCAUGUACUACUUCCUGGCCAUCCUGGCUGUGACAGACUUGGGCCUAUGCAUGUCCACUCUUCCCUCAGUGCUGAAAGUGCUGUGGUUUGAUGCUCGGAUGGUGCGCCUAGUGCCAUGUGUUCUGCAACAGCAUUUUCUACACUCCUUUUCCUUCAUGGAGUCAGCUGUGCUCUUUGCUAUGGCUCUGGACCGCUUGGUGGCCAUCCGAUUCCCACUGCACUAUGCAUCUGUGCUCACUGGGCCUCGUGUGGCAUUGGCAGGGCUUCUGCUGGGCAUGCGAAGUGCUGCCAUUACUGCAGCACCUUCACUGCACCUAUUGAAAUUUGACUACUGUCAUCCUGGAGCACUGUCCCAUGCUUACUGCCUUCACCAGGACAUGAUCCUCCUGGCUUGCUCUGACACGUUUCAAAGACUCUAUGGGCUGUGCAUCAUCAUGCUGGCCAUGGGUUCUGAUGUCCUUUUUAUCCUGCUCUCUUACACUAUCAUCCUCCACACAGUGCUGGCCAUUGCCUCGGCAGGGGAGAGGCUUAAGGCCCUCAACACCUGUGUCUCCCACAUUCUGGCUGUGCUCUCCUUCUAUGUGCCUGUGCUAGGCCUGUCCAUUGUGCACAGAUUUGGGCACCACACUUCACCCCUGGUGCACACCCUCAUGGGCACUGUGUCUGUGUUCUUCCCACCCCUGAUGAACCCAGUCAUCUACAGCAUCAAGACCCAACAAAUCCGCAGGGCCAUUCUCAAGGUAUUUUCAUUGGGGAAGAUGCACUGA